ACUGACAUUCCCUCUCUCUCUCUUUUAUUUUUUAUUUUUCUGUUAUAUAGUUUUCUACUAGUUUUCUCCUGCCUGGUGCUGUCUGUCUUUUCGACCAUUGAUGAGUACCAGAACAGCUCAGAAGGGGCCCUUUACAUCCUGGAAAUCGUCACCAUCGUGGUGUUCGGGGUCGAAUACUUUGUGAGGAUCUGGGCGGCCGGCUGCUGCUGCCGGUACCGGGGCUGGAGGGGACGGUUAAAAUUUGCCCGCAAGCCUUUCUGCGUCAUCGACAUCAUGGUGCUGAUCGCUUCCAUCGCCGUGCUGGCGGCAGGCUCCCAAGGGAACGUCUUUGCCACCUCUGCGCUCAGGAGUCUGAGGUUCCUGCAGAUCCUGCGCAUGAUCCGCAUGGACCGGCGGGGCGGCACCUGGAAGCUGCUGGGCUCCGUGGUCUACGCACACAGUAAGGAGCUGAUUACUGCCUGGUAUAUUGGCUUCCUGUGCCUCAUCCUGGCCUCUUUCCUGGUGUACUUGGCCGAGAAAGGAGAAAAUGAGCACUUUGAUACAUACGCAGAUGCACUCUGGUGGGGUCUGAUCACUCUCACCACCAUCGGCUACGGGGACAAGUACCCGCAGACCUGGAACGGGCGGUUGUUGGCUGCAAUUUUUUAAUGCAGCUGAUGCCCUGCUGGAAAUUUUUAUUCUCUUCCCCAGGGCAUCUUGGGUUCGGGUUUUGCUCUGAAGGUUCAAGAGCAGCAUCGACAAAAACACUUUGAGAAGAGGCGAAACCCAGCAGCGGGUCUGAUCCAGGCGGCUUGGAGAUUUUACGCCACCAACCUGUCCCGGACGGACCUGCACUCCACCUGGCAGUACUACGAACGCACCGUCACCGUCCCCAUGUACAGCACGCAAACGCAAACGUACGGUGCCUCCAGACUCAUCCCUCCUCUGAACCAGCUGGAGCUCCUGAGGAACCUGAAGAGCAAAUCAGGACUGACAUUCAGGAAAGAGCAGCAGCCCGAACCAUCGCCAAGUAAAAGCAAACCGUGCAGAGAGUCACUAUGCGGAUGCUGCUCAGGAAACUCUAGGUACCACGGGAAAUGCGUCGCACGGAACUAA